AGGCAACCAGCCAUACAUCGCAGUGUGCAAUUUGUCAAUUUGCCCCAAAUAACCUCAUUUCAACCCAAAAUGUUCAAACUGCCUUCAAUACCCCGAAUUUGCCGUGGUUUUUGCACCCAAACCAGUGCAAACCUCCCAAUUUCGGAAAAUUUCGUGAACCGAAACCCCCGUAACUUGGAGCGAAUGCGAAUUGGUUACAAACCGGACGGUUACCACCUUGAAAAACCAGGCCGGUGCUACUGGCACAAACUAAAUUUGCGAAAAACCGGCCGUUACAUUUACGCAACCAUCGACCACUUUGAAAAUGGCACAGUUGUGAAAGCUAGCACCUCUGAAUGGGCCCUCAAAAAACAACUCUACAAGUGUAGAGACACUUCCGCGUUUUAUAACUUAGGCCGUGUCUUGGCCGAACGCUGCCUCAAAUUCGGUUUAAUCGAAAUACGGAGUGAUAUAGUCCCGCCAAAACCUGACGGGAAAGUGGCCCAGUUCUUGCAAGCGCUGCAAGAAGGGGGCGUUGUGUUGCAGGAACCCCCGCAGUUUAAGCCUGCGAGGCCGUGGGAUCAACUUAGGUUAGAAAAACCAUGGGAAGUAACUGAAUAACUACAAUUUAUUUAAUAAAUAUCUACAUUCUA